CACCCUCACUCAGUCACUGGCUCAGUCUCCAAGCUGCAGUAAAGAUCUCCUUCAAGAGCAUCAUCAACAACAUCUUCAAGAACUCCCAGCAAAAUGAAGUCUGCAGCAGCUCUGGUUCUUCUUGCCUGUCUGGUUAUUGUCCAUGUGCAAGGACAGGCCAUGAGUAGUGUGAGGAGGUGCUUAUGUCAGGGUCCUAGGCUGAAUAUGGUUCGACCACAAAAUAUCGACAAGGUGGAAAUUUAUCCUGCCAGCGCAUACUGUGAAAAUGUGGAAAUCAUUGUCACCUUGAAAAAGGAUGCAGGUCAGAAAUGCUUGAAACCAGAAUCUAAAUUUGCCCAGAACUAUAUCAAGAGGGCAAUUCAAAAGAGGAGUCUGCAGUGAGCCUAGAGGAUAAAACACGUCUCUUGAUGUGGAAGAGAAGUCUGUGAACAUCAUACAUUUUAAAAUUCUUUACUGUGUGUCAAGAUAAUUGAAGAGACGUUAGAUGUUGCAAACAAUUUCACUUUGAUAAUUCUGAUUUUUAUAUAAUAAAAAGCACUACUGUAUAUUGUCAGAUGUACAAAUGUUUUGUAACCUUUUGUAAGAUUAUAUUUUAUAUUUUAUUGCUUUUGUAUUCACUUUUUUAU